AUGAGUAUUUCAACAAAAUUUGUAACUACGCCGGCAGAAAUACAAAAAUAUGUCGGAAUUUUGUUUUAUACGUCCAUAUACAGAUACCCAAAUACUCGAGAAUAUUGGGGAGAAAAUUCAUUUGAACCAGUUCGGAAAACUAUGACCAAAAAUCGAUUUGAAGAAAUACGUCGUUAUUUGCAUUUCAACGGCAAUACCAAAAUGCCGGCGCAAAGGGAUUUCAAUUUUGAUCCGAUAUUCAAGAUGCGGCCAAUUAUUGAAUACUUCAAUAUACGUUUUCAGUCGGUACCAAUGUCUCAACGCCUGUGUGUAGACGAACAGAUGUGUUCCACAAAAAUGGUUUCGCAUAUUCGGCAAUACAUGCCCGCAAAACCACAUAAAUGGGGCAUGAAACUAUUCGUGUUGUGCGACACCUAUGGGUUUUCAUACGGAUUUGAGUUAUAUUCUGGAGCAAGUGACAAUAAAAUUCCAAAUGGAGCACCGGAUUUAGCAGAGGAAUAUAUUCUUCGGGCAAAUCGAAUUGCAAAUUGCAAAUUGCCAACAGAUAAAGAAGUUGCGAAGAAACCUCGAGGAUUUUCAACUGAAUAUGUAGGGUCUUGUUAUGGAGUAGACUUGUCGACUACACUGUGGAAAGACAGCAAAGGUGUUCUUUUGGCCUCAACAUACGUAGGAGUAUUACCAUUUAAAAAUGAAAGUAAUAACACCCUGAAGGCAUCAAGAUAUGAUCGUGCCCAAAAGAAGAGAACAGAAAUUGAUUGCCCAAAUAUCAUCCGCGAAUACAAUGCACACAUGGGCGGUGUCGACCUAAUGGACGGUCUUUUGGGUCGAUAUCAUAUUCGCAUGAAAACAGUAAAGUGGACUAGUCGUUUCUUUUAUCAUGUGUUGGACUUGGCCAUGAUAAAUGCAUAUUUAUUACAUAAGAGGAUAAAGAGACAAAAUACAGCAUGCAAUAUACAACUCCCACAAUUCAGAAAAGAAGUGUCUGCAAUGCUUUGCAGAUUUCAAACAGAUGAACCGCAAAAGAGAUCUGUUGAAAGACCGCGAUCAACAAAUGCAAAAGAAGAUCCCGCCCCUAAACGACUGGGCAAGAGGACAUAUUUGCCAGCUGUAGACAUCAGAUUUGAUGGCAAAGAACACUUUCCUCAGUGGCUGGACAGAUCCGGAAAGCGCCAAUGUAAAUUGCCUCGGUGCAAAUCAGAAACGCAAUGA